CUGAAAUCCUCACUUUGCGCAUCUUUCUUUUCGGCGCUUCUUUUCUCCGGCGAGCGUCCACGGGUCGUCCGUCGCUGCCGCUCACUCUUCCCUCCUCACGUUUCCCUCUUUCCGCGCUUCACCGCAGCAUGUAGUGUAAGCGACAAGUGCACGAUUUUCACGGCCUUUAUCGGGUCACCGUUGCGAUUUCGGCCGUUUGUACAACUCGCCAUCCAGUCCGGUAGAGCUCGAUUCGCGUCCCUCGGCGGUUCCGCUCGCAGGUUUUCCAUUUCUUUUGGCUUCUCCCGCGCUUUCUCAUCGCUUUUCACUUGACAGCGCCCGGGCCGACCGGCUUUCUAGCGUUCCUGUCCGUUCCAUGUCUCUCUCCCGCGCUGUUUCGCGACUUUUUUGCUUGUAUCCGCCCACUUCCCGUGUGGCAGGAAGCCUCCGGAUGUCCGCCGCUCUCCACGUACUUUUCCCCAAGACAACGCCGCUCUUUUAGCGCUCUCCGUCCCCCCUUACGUCGCCGGUGGUCCCGCGAGGCGUACGUUCACGUUUCUGCCUGGCCGCCGCACAGAUUCCGCCGACCCGUUCCACCCAUUCUCAUCGAACGGGGUGCAGUUAAACUACCGACCGCGUCUUUUCUUCAAGGCAGUUCCGCUCUCUUCUUCGUCUCGAUGGCACUCUACGAGCCGCCGGGAGACGAGGACGGGUGCCGCGGCGCCUCGUCCCCCGCCUCUGCGACCAAUUCCAGUUCUGACCAUCUUUCGCGUCUUCUGGAAGGCCCUCUGGAAGCGGCUGAGGCGGCGGCAGAGGCUGCUCGGCUGCGCCCAACGGCGGACAGUGAAGAGGACGAGGUUUCAAACGACGCUGCGCGCCGUCGGUUCCGCAAUCUCUCAGAGGAACACAUUGCCAUCUUGAGCAGCCUCAAUCAGAACCAGCUCCUGAAAGUGGUUGACCAAAUCUGUGAACGGCAACAUCCCCUCGAUGCCGUCCUCGACAACGUAGCCGCCGAUGUGGCUGCCACUGUGCGCAAGGUCGCAGAGCAGCAGCGCCAAGCCGACGCAGACUCCUCGCUGGACGCGGACCAAGCGACGGCUGUCGCUGCUUCAAACUCCUUGAAUAAAAGCAACGCAGACCCGUCGUCAUCGUCAGACUACUUGCACGUCGCCCGAUUCGUUCCUCUUCGACUCACCUUCGAAGAGCGCGUAUUUCUGCGACUCCUGGAGAGCACGCUGGAGGUGUCGGAGUACACUGACAAAAUCGACAUUCUCUGUGGCGGCAGCAAGGCGCGACGAAUGGCGAGAGAAAUUCGACAAGUCUGUGCCAUUCUCUCCGGCCUCGCUCUCGCGCACAACUACGAAGAGGGACAGCGGCUCGUUCGGGACCAUGACUUUGUGUCGAACAGGGCGUUCUUUCAGACGGUCUUCGAGAUCGGGCGUCGCUACAAAAUUCUGAAUCCGGAGCGAAUGCGGAGUGCGUAUGGAAAGCUGAUUUACCUCCUGAUGGAUGCCAAGAAACCUGAGGUGCUGCAGCUGCUCCAGUUCGACUGCGUCACCCCUGUCAACACGGUCUACUCCCUGCUCGCGGGAAAGAAGAACGGCUUGCAGCUUCUCAAGGAUCCUCUCGUUCGCGUCGCCACCAUGGAAAUCAUGCCGGAGGGAAAGAGUCGCGCCCAGAUUCAGAGAGAAAUCAAGGAGAAGCAGAACGCAAUCAAGACGCUGGCGAGAAAGUAUGCGGGACGAGAUGUCCCCAAGCACUCUCCAGGAUUCUUUGGACUCCGCCUUUCUUUCUUUCAGAGAUCCGACAGUGGAGGAGACGAGGGGCUUCGCGCAGAGACGGGAGACGAGAGAAGCGACCUUCUGACCCCCGACGAAAUUGAGCAGUGUCUCUACUCUCUCGGGGACCACAAUACGUAUCUCCGAUUCAACAGGGAACCUUGCGACCGCAUGAUUGGCUUCCUUCGACAAUACUUCGACCCCUCGGAGCCUGAGGAAGGUUACUCGCUUGCCAUCUCUUCGGGGACUGGCGGUGCCCGUUUGACGCAUUCUCACAGUCGCCAGUUCGUCUACGUCCUUCAGUCGCUAACUCUGUGGCGCGAGGUCUGCAGCGAAAUGUUUGUCCUCUGGCAAAUGGCAGAAGCAGACAUGCUCCACAGUGGCAACUGCUAUCGCCUCAGAGACACCGGCCAGGGCCUCAACCGAGUGCAAGAUUGCCCGCGCGUGAGCAACGCGAUGUACGCCAUUUUGGAGCGCGUCCAGCGCCUCACCACAUCCUGGGUGGGCUCUGCGGUCGUUCAUUUGGGAGAUCACAAUGUCCCGAAUGCGCUGAUGUUCAUCGACAAGUACACUCAGGUUCCUCGGAUUCUAGGACCGUUGGUGCUCUGCCUGGAGAAGUUGCCCGAAGUGUACGAGUCGAAGCAAGCGAUGCGGAACUACUUUGACAACCAAUUCGGCGGCCUCCACGCCCUGCGGAAGCAGAUUCUGUGCGACUUCUUCAGGCACGCGUUCGACGGAAGUGGAGGAGACAAUUUCUUCGAUGCAGGCAGCUGUAUAGACGGUCGGUUAACGUCGGCCUGGAACUGGUGCUCGACGAUCGAGAAGAAACGUUUCUUUCCUGCUUUCUUGCUCACGGGGUUUCAGGGAUUCGAUGGAAAAUUCUGAUUGUUUUGUCGACAAAAACCUCAGUUGUCGGCACCGUCCGCAGUGCCUGCAACCUGCGCUUAAUGGCUUUUCGAACGACUCGAAACUGUGUGCUUCUUCGAUUCAAAGGAACCUUUGGGGGCUCUCCAGGGUCGCCGCAGAGCUGGAAAGAAAUCGCGUGAAGGUCUCGGCUUCCUCAGUCCUGGAAAUAUUCACCGGAGUACCACACGCGAUCUCUCACCCCUCCUCCCGCGUUUAGGUUCUGCCCUGCUCGUUUCUGUCGAAAGUUUUUCCUUCUCCAUUAGUCCUUCCUGACGAGCGUUUUCCUUUCCACUCGUUUAUGUCGAUCGUCUUCUUUCUGGCUCCUGUCUGUGCAGAUGCUUCUUUGUCUACUCUUGUCUUCAUAGAUGCGUCUUUGUCUCUUCUUCCCUGUCAAGCUUCUUCCUUCUCUGUUCAUUAAUGCCGAUACUCUUCUUUCUCGUCCGGUGUCUGUGGAGACGCUUCUCGUUCUCUCUCUAGUCUUUCUGCUGUCGAGGUUCGCACCGUCUGUUUCUCUGUGUAGUGUGUUUCCGCUACACAUGACGCGCCUUUGUGCCUGGAAUCUCCCGUCUUUCUUCACAUGUCCUUCGUGCUCUCGACGCCCGCUUCUUAGGUCUUUUUCUUCUGGCGGUCCGGUUAUCUCACCG